AGUGGCUUUUGAAAACUUUAUUCAUCUAAAUUGGGUACCCACACGUUAACCAAACAAGAAACCUGAAAACGAUAAACCCAUUACUUGUUGUUUUCUUUGGUGUACCCGAUCUUAUCUUCAUCAGGAUUCAAUCUCUUCACCCUCUUCUCAGAUUCUUGAACUGUGGAUCCAGUUUUUGCUAAGCAAUGAAGGGAAUGAAGGAAAGAUUGGUGAAGAAAAUCAAACUCAUCACCACUGUCAAGACGUUGAAGCACGGCUUAGCUCUUCAUAAGAGUAACAUUGAUCGCACAAUCCAUCACCUAAGAGACGAAAUAGUCGCUGAGUCUGGUCAAAGCAAAAGUUGUGUUACACCAACACUACUGGAGCUUGAGGAUGCAGAGGAACAGAGUCUUGAAGAAGAAAGAGGGCUUCUUUUGGAGUUUGAAGAGAACUGCCCACCCGGAGGAGAAGACUCGGUUGUAUUCUACACCACGGGCCUGCGAGGAGUGAGGAAAACAUUUGAAGCUUGCAGAAGAGUGAGAUUCUUGUUGGAGAAUCACAAGGUGAUGUUUAGAGAGAGAGAUGUUUCCAUGGAUUCAGAGUUUAGAGAAGAGAUGUGGAGGUUGCUUGGUGGGAAAGUUACCUCUCCGAGGCUGUUCAUCAGAGGUAGGUACAUUGGAGGAGCAGAAGAAGUCGUGGCAUUGAACGAGAACGGUAAGCUUAAGAAGCUUCUACAAGGAAUCUCGCAGGUUGACUCGCCUUGCGAAUCUUGCGAGAACGAACGGUUUCUGAUAUGUUCUAGCUGUAAUGGAAGCUCGAAGGUGCUUGUGGAUCAUCACGUUGAAGAGAGUAGUAAUAAUGAUAAGGUGUGGACGAGAUGCAGAGAAUGUAACGAGAAUGGGCUUGUGAAAUGUCCUCUUUGUACGUAGUUUAAAGUUAUA